AUGCUCCCCGAUCCAACACGCCGUCGUAUGCUCCCCGAUCCAGAUCAACACGUCAACUCUCUCACCUUGCCGGCAGGUCCCUCCUUCGUCGCUGCCCCCUCCUCCCCUGCCUCGGCCACCCUCCCUUCUGCCAACCCCGCCUGCUCUGCCUACUGCACCGCCGCCUCUGACACCAUGGUGGAUGCCAACAGUAGCAGCAACCCGAUGCUCGCCGACUUCGACUUCCCGCCCUUCGACGACGUCGAGCCCGUGCACGUCCGUCUCGGGAUCUGUGCGCUCCUCGCCUACCUCGAGGGCGAGCUGGAGGAGCUCGAGAAGGGCGUGGAGCCGGCGUGGGAGUGCUUGGUCCACCCGCUCAAGCGCAUCAUCGACAGGCUUGACAUCGUCUGCAAUGUUGUUGACCACAUCAAGGUCGUCAAGGACUCGCCGGACCUCCACGCCACCGUCGAGGACGUCCAGGUAUUCUCUUCUUCUGUCACGCCGCCCGUGAUCUGGAUGGACGAAGCCAUUGAUUUGUUAGCGCAUCAUCAGAUUUUGUCUCUGUAUUUCGUCUUGCUUCAUGAAUUAUCCAGCAAUAUGGUGCAUAGAUAG